CUGGAAGAUCGUUCUUUGCUGAGAAUUAGCGUCAGUAGCUUCAUCAAGCUCACCAUCGCCGGUGUACGGACAAAACGCCAAAACAAAUUCCGCCACUCAAAAAGCUCUCUCUCUCUCUGAAACGCAACACGACGGCGCGUUCGGGCGUCUUGGGAUAUGCCGUCACUACCCAGCAUCCAGUUGCCUUCCGCCACCGUCACCACCACCACCACCGCCAUGGUUACCACCGGUUCGGGACCCAACCGUACGACGGUGGACACGAAGCAGAUGCUACUUCCGGGCCAUGUGGCGGUGCUGCAUGUGACGACAUGCGGCCAAAGUGGGGCCGGGCUCGGUUCGGACGAGAAGGAGAUCGUACUGCUGAUUUACGUAAUCAUCGAUGUGCAGACAAAUAAUAUAAUUGGCGUAAAGCAGUAUCUAGUCCGGCCGAGAAAUUCGACAUUCCGCACCGAGUCAUCGGGCAGCAACGCGCUCGGUGCACUGUCCAGCAGCAGUCUUACCGGCAGCAACAGCAACAUCAGCAACAGCAGCAGCAGUACGGCCAGUGCCGGCGGGUGCCCUGUCGGCAUCGGCGCAUCGUCCACGGCUGUCGGAUCGUCGGACAGUACGGCGAUUGCCGUCCCGACGGGCGGCUCCACAUCUCCAGGCAUUGCCGCAGUGCCGUCGCCACCGGAAUGUGCAAUAACGCAGGAGAUCCCGGCCAUCGAAUCGCUGGUGCAGACCAACGGACGUCCCCUGGAGGAAGUGAUCCAACAGUUUGAUGAGUACACCAAGUCGCUCAAUCUGGAUCCACACUGUCCCAGCUUUCGGCUAGUCACCGACGGGCAGCUACCACUCCGGCAAUGUCUCCAUCCCGAAGCAAGUGCCAAAGACGUCGACCUGCCACAGUACUACUGGCGGUUUUGUGACCUGCGGAAGGAGUUUGUGCGGUUCCGGGCCGGUGAUCUAUCCCGUGCCCUCGUCCCCGUUGCCGAAGCUUCGAAGCUCCAGUCGAUGCCGAGUCUACCACCGAUUCCGGCUUCGGUUGCUGACAUCAUUAAAGAUCUUGAACUGCAGGCCUGCCAGGAUAAUAAUGAAUUCUACGUCAAGGAAGCACGCGACAUGGUGACGAUCGUGAAACAUCUAAUCACUCUAGGACACAAAUUUGAAGCAAAUGAAAUAAUAAACCUAAAUCUGGAGCCUGGCAUAUGCUCGAUCGAUGACGAAAUAGAUGGAACGUGUAUAGUGCGUGCUCGUGGAUUACCCUGGCAGAGCAGCGAUCAGGAUAUUGCCAAGUUCUUCCGCGGAUUGAAUGUCGCAAAGGGUGGUGUAGCUCUUUGUUUAUCGCCACAAGGACGUCGUAACGGUGAAGCAUUGGUACGCUUUGUGUCACAGGAACAUCGCGAUAUGGCACUCAAACGACACAAGCAUCACAUCGGCAAUCGAUACAUUGAGGUGUAUCGAGCCAACGGGGAAGACUUCCUGGCCGUGGCAGGUGGUGCAUCCAACGAAGCGCAAGCCUUCCUAUCGAAGGGCGCACAAGUAAUCAUCCGGAUGCGAGGUUUACCAUACGAUUGUACUGCAAAGCAAGUGCUCGAUUUCUUCGCCAACGGUGAGAACAGUUGCAACGUACUGGAUGGUGCUGAUGGCAUACUUUUUGUGAAGAAACCGGACGGACGGGCGACCGGUGAUGCUUUCGUACUUUUCGAGCAGGACACGGAUGCAUCGAAGGCACUAUCAAAACAUCGCGAAUCGAUCGGCCAACGUUACAUUGAGCUGUUUCGCUCGACAACGGCAGAAGUACAGCAGGUUUUGAACCGGUCAAUGGAUCCGAAGACCUACGAGCCACCGCAACCACCAUUGAUUGCACAGUUACCGCAAGUGCAGAUGCAACUAUUACCCCAACACGUCAUCACCAGUGGUAUCGAGAAGAACUGCAUCCGGUUACGGGGGCUCCCGUACGAGGCGAAGGUGGAACACAUACUACACUUCCUGGACGACUUUGCCAAUCACAUCGUCUACCAGGGUGUGCAUUUGGUGUAUAACGCUCAGGGUCAGUUCAAUGGUGAAGCAUUCAUACAGAUGGACUCGGAAACGGCGGCCUACCAGUCGGCCCAACAGAAACACCACAAGAACAUGAUGUUCGGCAAGAAGCAGCGCUACAUCGAGGUGUUCCAGUGCUCCGGCGAUGACAUGAACAUGGUGCUGAACGGCGGCUUCCAGCAGCCGGCAAGCCUCUCGAAACCGUCACUCCUCUCACCGGGUAUGUUACCGACAGCGGCCACACAGCCACCGACACAAUCCCCGCAGACGCUCUCACUCUCCCAAAUUCCGCUACCGAUUCCAUCUCCGCUGGCUCUCUCGGUACCGCCGCCGAACCAUCAGCUGCUAGCACAGCAGCAAGCACAGUACAUAGCGCAGCACAAUCUGCUGGCGCGCCAAGCCGCCGCCGCCCAGCAUCAGCAACAUCAGCAGGAGCAGCUGAUGCUGCAAAACCUGGGCAUGUACGUGGCUGGACCGCCAACCAGCGUUGCUACAUCGCUGAGCGCUUCGCAGCCGGGCAGUGCUGUGGCCGGUGCACCAACGUACGUGACGGCUGGCAGCGGUGGGUUACCACCGUCGGUGACCGGCGCUGGCAAUGCGGGUGGGCUUGCUUUCGGGCAUGGAUCAGCCGCCGGUUUGGCAGGUUUGGGUGCUGCUUCCACCGGGGCGAGCGGUGCAGGUGGUUUGCCACCUCAUCUAGCCGGAGGUCACCCAGCCGGUCCGCUUGCCGCUCAGUAUCACCCGUUGUACUUCAUGCAACGUCACAUGCUCGCUUCGAACAGCGGCAUUCCGAUGGGGUUGAUGGCACCGCCACAUACAGCGGCAGCAGCACACCAUGCUGCUGCAUUCAAUCAGUUGCACCACUUCGGUGGUGGCAUUGGUCAUGCCGGGGUUCCCGGUUCCGGUGCGGGCAGUUCGCUGCCGCAUCAUGCUUCUGCUGCCGGUCUGGUGCACCAUCCAUCGCAGCAUCACGCCAUGCAAGCGAUGGUGGCAGCGGCCGCUUCCCAAUCGGCUGCUGGUGGUAUGCUUCCAUCGAAGCGUUCGUACGACAGUGCUUUCCGGGGUGAUCAGUCCGCGCUGGCCCCUAGUGCCGGUAGCAAACGCCCUUUCCAUGGCGCUCCGACACAGGGUGCGGCCGCGGCUGCAGCAGCCGCCGCAGCGUCUGUUGCAUUGUACGCACCGUACUACCAUCCGCACAUAUGAAAGCAAUAGUUUGUAACGCUUGGCCCGUGUUCCGUUGGUAUUUGUAUCAACACUGAACGGCUAGCGCUUGCUGAGAAUACUAAAAUUGAAUCAUUUAUUGUAGAGAAUAGUACCUUCAUAGAUAUCGGAAGAGAAGAAGACGUAAUUUUUGUUUGUUAUUAUUUGACAUUCCGUGUCCUUGUAGAUGCUGUUGUAUGGACCAGUGCCUUCAUCAGUACCUAUACAUAAAGCUAGCGACUACAUUGUAGUCAACCCUUUACCUACUUAAUGCAGAUGCUACUAAAAGUACUUAUAUUGUUAAAUAAUGAAUUAUACAUGCAUUGCCUUCACGUGGCACCCCUACCAGUAGUAGAUGGUUGAAUUAUUGUUAGUGUAGAAGGAAGGAAGGAUUGUGCUGCUUGUUUGUCGGCUGUUAAGGCUUCUGCUGUGCUUGUGCUGCGCUACGAUCGUGUAAGGCCUUGUGUGCGGUAACCCGAAAACAACACAAAACACCAACCAGAUGUUACAAUGGUGUGAAUCAAUCAAUGUAGUGACAUUACUUCCAUUAUUUGUUCCCUUUUUCUAUCCGCCAAUGUUGCGUUCACACUUUCAUUCUCUCGGAACACUUCUGUGUUUCUGUUGCGUGUUGUCCUGUUGUUUUUUUUUCUAUUAUUUUUCCCUCUUUCCUUCCGGUAUUUCUUUGCCUCUCGUUGCUCUUUGCUUGUUUACUUUGUAAGGAAAGAAAUGGAAAUGGACUAGGGGGGAGGAUUUUGGGUUGAUGGGUUGGUGUUUCUGAAUGUGGAACCCCGUACACUGAUAUAGUGUACAAUUUCGUACAAUUUUCUUGCAUUACAUAACUGUUGAUCCUUCCGGUAUAUUAGUUUUCGGCCACCAUCACCAUUCCUUCCCUUCCUUCAUCCCUCUUUGGUACAACACACACUCACCUCAUAUAAAGACGCAUCAUUCGAGAUAAUGAUAAGACGGUUCGCCUUCUUCCACUACAUACACAUAAACACACUAUCUCAUAUUCCUUAAUCCUUCACCAUCCACACACACACACCUACACGUCCCACAAAUGAGUGCAAAUGAGCCGUUGUGUAAAGUACUUGGCUAAUAUAUUAUCUUGUGUAUGUGAGCAGUGGUGUGCAAUAUAAAACCGUGUAGCGAAACGCGGGAGGGCGAAACCGUGCGGGGUAUAAUAGUGGGGUCAGGAUGCGGAUGGAACGGUACGGGUAAAACAAAAAAAAGGUGUUGGGUCGGUGCAGCCACCAGUACGUUUCCUGUUUAACAUUUACACCUCUUACAUAUUAUGUGUGCGUUUACAUGUGUGUGACACAAAGCAAAGGCAGUUGCGAGUAGAAAACGGGGGAAGUACACCAGGUAAUUAGACUUAGAUGGCGAUCGGUCUUGGUUGGGGGAACGAGCAAACGGAAAACGGAGAGAUCCUAUAAGCAUAUAAACUCCAAGCUGAUCGAUCACAUAUAUCGCAAUAUAAAAUGGGCUUUUUUUUAGUGUAAGGAAAGAGGAUUGCUUCAUAAACCGCGCAUAGGAACAUUUGAACGUUGUGUAAUGUGUAGUAGUUUGAAAAAACAACAAACAGAAAAAAGGUACACGUGUGUCGCCAAGUCUUUCAUCCCCGGUACGGUGUAACUAUGCAUAAAUAGCAAGCAGCGUGGGUUGUAUUUGCCUUUUUGUGGUUCUUAGACGAGUAAGAUACAAAUCAAUUUAUGUGCUGAGUUAGUAGCCUCAUAUCCAUCACUACGUUCUGUAAUACUAAUCGAAAGCACACACUAUAAGUUUACUUGUUUUUAACUCACGUACACUUGUUCAUAUGCCUGGGAGGGGGGGCACAAUGAUAGUUACAAGUGAGACGAGCAUCGAAAAUUUAUUAUAUUUUUUCUUAGCUUUAAAUCAUUUAAUUGCGCUGCAAGCAAAACAAAAAAACAAAAUUAUGCAUAUACAUGUUAGAAAGAGGAACCACCAAUACGCUACUAGACACGUACAGUUUGGAUGGAUAACUGCAUUACGCUGUGAUCGCUUUUCUUCAACACCUAGAACCGGGUGGCCACAGAAUAACUCAUUAUCGAAAAUGCCAGGUGUAGUAAUAAUAACAAUAACAAUAGUUAUAAUAAUAAUAAUAAUACUACAUUCCAUUAAUCGUAAAUAGUGGUAAACACGUGCAAAUGGUGUUGUGAAUGACGACCGGAAGCAAUCGUUCGGUUUUUUUUCUUUCUCCUUGUUGUUUCUAUCAUUAUCAUCAUUGUUAUAGCACUAACAACAACACCUCGUGCAGGUUAAAUUCCUUUCUUAAAACGUCCAUUAGGCAUGCUAAUUUACCUAGUUAUUAAGUGAAUAAUUUUCGGCACGAUAUUUUACACACAUGCUAUAUGUUUUGGUGUUGACACAA